AUGGGUACGGGUUUGAUCAUAUCUUCUCCAGAAUGUCUGGAUCAAGCCAAGUAUUUCAAUGUGAGGAAUUAUGGAGCUGUUGAAGGUGGAGAAGCUGAUAACAGCAAGGCAUUUCUGGAAGCAUGGAAAGAAGCAUGUCAAUGGAAGGGAAGGGCACGGGUUGUGGUUCCCAGAGGUACAUUCAAGUUGUAUCCCGUGAUAUUCUCAGGUCCAUGCAAUGGUCCGAUUGCCUUUCUGAUUGAGGGGACUUUGAGGGCUUCAAUUGAUCCAUCAACAUUUAGUACUGACAGUUGGAUAAACUUCCGGUACAUCGAUCAGUUGGUAGUGACCGGAGGCGGUACCUUGGACGGCCAAGGAGCCUCGGCUUGGCAUCUGAACAACUGCAAAACCAAUCCCCAAUGCCAGGCUCUUCCUAUUUCUUUGAGUUUUGACUUCAUCACAAACGCAAGAGUUGAAUACAUAAAAUCAUACGACAGCAAGAAUGCCCAUUUCAAAAUUUUCGGAUGCCACAACAUGGACUUUAGAAAAAUCAAAAUCUCAGCUCCAGCAGACAGUCCGAACACCGAUGGCAUUAAGAUCGGAAGCUCAUACCGAAUUAGAAUCGCACGUUCCACGAUCGCAACGGGCGAUGACUGCGUAGCAAUGGUGACCGGAAGUAAGAAAAUCCACAUUUCUAAAGUUGUGUGCGGUCCCGGGCAUGGAAUCAGCAUCGGAAGCCUAGGAGGGCAUGACAAAGAAGACGCUGUGGUAGGAGUGGUGGUGAAAAACUGCACAUUUUUGGGAACGGAGAAUGGUGUGAGGAUCAAAACUUGGGCUUCUCCUUAUACCAGCAAGGCUUCGAAUUUUACGUUCCAAGACAUUUUUAUGGAUGAUGUUCUGAAUCCCAUUACAAUCGAUCAAGAAUAUUGCCCCAACCCUCCUUGCAAUCAACAGACUUCUUCGAACGUGCAAAUCAGCGACGUUACAUACAAAAACAUAUGGGGAACUUCCUCGUCGGAAGUAGCCGUAAGUCUCCGAUGCAGCAAAAGCAGGCCAUGCAAGAACGUGGUGCUGGACAUCAUCAAGUUGUCCCCUUCCAAUCCCAGAGAACGUUUGAGUUCCUUCUGCUUUUAUGCAAAAGGAGCCUCUUAUGGCUUACAAGCCCCUCCAUCUUGCUUAUAGUUGUAGCUCAAUUAGCUUUAUGAUUUCAAGUUUUAUGGCUCACAAACCCCAUGUUUAUCUUUUAAUCAUAAAUCUGUAGCUAGAAAAUCACCUAGUUUUGAUUGUCCAGUGUCAAAGAAACAUGAAUUGAGCAGC